UGUAUAAAACAAAAGAUCUACGGAUCUUCCAAAAACAAUCCAAAAAUACAUAAUAAUGAAAAACUUCUCAAUCUUUCUAUUUGUGUGUAGCCUUUGCAUGCUUGGUCAUGUAUCUGGUUCCGGAAUAAAGAUUGCCAACGAACUUAAAUUCAAAAAACUCCUUUGGAUGAGAUGUUAUUCCAAAAAUGACGUUCUAGGUCCAAAAAUAAUACCCAUUGGACAGCAGUUUGAAAACUAUUUUGGCACUAACUUUUGGGGUACGACUCGUUUCAUGUGUACCUUGCGACAAGGGCCUAACUACAGACACUAUCAGAACUUUACAGCAUUUAAACUUUUUAGUCAUUCUGAUCAUGGAGGCGUAUGGGAUUGGAGAGCGAGAGAAGAUGGCAUCUAUCUAAAGAAAGAAGGUGGUAAACAUAUAAGAAACGCGGUUAAUAUGCAUAAAGCACUUGAUUGGAUAUAUUAAAAAUGUUAUGAGCUAUUUGAAAAUCAAAAGAAGUUUCAAUAUUUAAGGUGAUCAAUAUAAGCUUUAAACAAUACUAUUUGUAUUGUGUUGAGUCUAUCAUUUAUUUAAAAUUCUUGUAAAAAUUCAUUUUUUAUUUAAUUCAUUAUUUAUAACCGU